CACGACACAUCCGGAAGAAGAAGUUGAGCUAACCAGCUAGGCUACAUCAGCUCGGCAUUUUAACAAAAAAGUAACGAUGGGAUUGUUCGGCAAAACACCUGAAAAGCCACCAAAAGAGCUUAUUAAGGAGUGGUCAAAAAUCAGGAGGGAAAUGAGAGGUGUGGACAGACAAAUUCGAGAUAUUCAAAGAGAAGAGGAAAAGGUGAAGCGAUCUAUCAAAACUGCUGCCAAAAAGGGCCAGAAAGACGUUUGUAUUGUUCUGGCAAAGGAGCUGAUUAAUUCAAAACGAACUGUCUCAAAACUUUAUUCUUCCAAAGCCCAAAUGAACUCUGUGAUACUCAGCAUGAAGAAUCAACUUUCUGUUGUGCAAAUAGCUGGGACCCUACAGAAGAGUACAGACGUCAUGAAAUCAAUGCAGAGCCUCGUCAAAGUCCCAGAAAUCCAAGCCACUAUGAGAGAGCUGUCAAAGGAAAUGAUGAAGGCGGGAAUUAUUGAGGAAAUGAUGGAAGACACAUUUGAAAGUAUGGAAGAUGGAGACAUGGAGGAGGCAGCAGAGGAAGAGGUUGAUAAAAUCCUUUUUGAGAUCACUGCAGGUGCCCUUGGCAAAGCGCCGAGCAAAGUCACAGACGCUUUGCCUGAAAUGGAACCUGCUGGAGCCGCUGCAGCUUCAGGGGAAGAGUCCGAGGAGGACAUUGAAGAAAUGCAGACAAGAUUGCAAGCUCUGAGGAGCUAAGGAGAACUGCCAAUGUUCUGUCAGUUCUCUCAGCCAGUUCUGGUGCAGGGUUUCUUUACAGCGUUUGCUGCUUCAUGUUAUAAGUAAUUCACAUAAUCAUUUGAGAACAACUUUGCUAUGACAGUAGUGUCCUUUAAAAGAGUUUUACAGGACAUUUUGAGGUUGUUUUUUCAUCUCUCUUUUGGUAUCUGAGGUAACCCUGGGUAAAUGUUUGUUUUCCAAAGUCAUACAUGGGAUUUGAGCGAGUUGUGUGUGUAUAUAAUGUAAUUACAAAAAGCCUGCUGUGCCUACAGUGCUUCACCAUAAAAUAAAUUAUGGACUCAUGGUUGAGUUUACUUGUCUGUUUUUGUUGUUAAUGAGUGAUUUUUAUUUGAGCUAGUGUUGGAAACCAGCCCACACAUGUAUUAAGUGUUGACAACAAAUCACAAAUCCAACUGUAGUUCUAAUCCAAUGCACUAAUUUUUUUUGAAAGCAUCACCAGUUUUUUUUAUUUUGUACUUAAACUACUGUACAGCAAACGUGUCUAUGUUAUAUUGUGGUCUUAUGUGUGAAAUACAUUUAUCAGAAACAUGCAUGCACACUGGCCUGAGUGUAUUUGUUUUAUUCAUCCACUUCCUUAAAUGUUUGUCUUUGCAUCAGGAUGGACUUUUCUUUCCACGGAACGUUGAUUGAUCCUGAGCUAAUGUAUUGUGGAAGUAUAUUGUAUGAACACUUUUCUAUGUGAAGGGAGGAAACCUAAGGAAAAACAACUUUUAAAAUAAAAGUGGUGCUUUCCAAAAUGAAGGCCUUA